GUUCGCUGUUUGUUAGUCAUGACUCAACAAAAUGUCCGACUCGCUGGCAAAGUAUGGUAUUUACAUCGAUGAUUUGAGCAAAAUACGCGUUCUGGAGCCGGAGACGGCUAACCAGACGAAUAAGCUGAAGGAGGAAUGUGAGAAUUUCGUGUCGAAGAUCACUGAAUUCGAGAAAAAUUCCGAUGACUUUAUCAAAAUAUUGGAUCACUUGGCCAGGGAAGUGGAAAAGGAAAAGAUGAAAACUAUCGGCGCGCGGAAUCUGUUGCGUUCCGUUGCGAAGCAAAGGGAAGCCCAGAAACAGCAAAUGCAGGCGUUAAUUUUGGAAAAGUCCGUGGAAUUAGAACGACUACGGAUACAGUACGAGUCUUUGAAAAAGAUAGAAAUGGAGCAACUAGAGACCAUCGAACACUUAUCAGUGAACUAAUCGUAGCAUCUUGCGUGUGUUUCUCAAUUUUCUUCUCGUUACUAAUUUAUUGUGAGGCCGCCGACAUAAUGUUCAAAAAUCAAUUUUAUCAAGCAGUUAACAUUGAUCUGCAAAUGCUUAAAUUAGAAUGUACGUUGGAACUAGAAAGCAACACAAAUUAAUGUACAUUCUUCAGUCUCUAUCUUCCUCCACGAUAGAUUCUGUAUAUAUUAGAUGUUCCGGUUAGUUUUGAGGGAUUUUUUUGCAAAAAGCACGUCUAUCUCAGAGAGACGUUAAAUUAUAUUUUAUUCAAAAUAUUUUAUAUCACUAAUUAUAACUUUCCCACCUUCUUUCGCAAUACAAGUAAAUUUCACGAUAAAAAAAAGAUAUUCGUUCUUUGAAGCAAUUCAUUCGUCGAGUUAUUUUUUGGUUAUGCUACGAAUGCACACAUACAUGAUUAGAGUCCUGAAUAGUCAGAGGAGCGCAAUCGAAGGGCUCGCUUGCUGAUUGGCUGACUGUGGCCCGGAAGUGUUGGGCCCGCAGCUGAUAUUUCCGAAUAAAGCCAGCGGCACACGGUGCUUGUUUUUGUGCUGGAUUGCUUGCUGGAUGAAAAUACUGCG